AUGAACACCAUGUCAUUUCCAGUUGGAGAGCUGAGAACUUUCUGGGAGGAUGGGAGUGCCCAAGCGUAUAUGUUUGUUGUUUCAACAGCCAUCUGCUUGAGUUUUGCAAGAUACUUCAAAUUCCAAAAGCAGAGCAAGACACCACUCUCAUUGUUGCCCCCCUUGAUCUCCCUUUGCGUUCUUGGGAUGACAUGGUUUUAUAUCUUUCGCUUCAUCGCGACUCACAUUCACACUUCAGAAAGCUAUUUCGGCGACGCCUACCGAGAUGUGUUGAGAGACGAAGGGCAGUACAUGAUCAGUACUCAGUUGUUGACGUGGGCAAUUGUCUCAGUGCUUUGGAUGGAGGAUGAAGGCACUGUUUCAGACCUUGUUUUCAUUGGUUAUGGUUUUCUUGGAGCCAUGGGGGCAUCCUUUGUUUUAUGGGUACCAUCCUUGUAUUGGCGAAUGGACCGAAGUCGUUUGGCUCGAAAUCGCAGCGUCUCGUUGCUUUCUGCAAUUUGUGCGGUAGUUGGGUUUGUGUGUAUUGUCAACAUUGCGCCAUGUUCAGAAGAUGAAGUAUCGGAAUGUAUACAAAACGAACGAUUUGGAACCUUUCGACCUUCCUACGAUCGAUGGCUGCAUGGUCUGCACUACGUUCUCAUCGUUCCAGCCUUGGGUAAAGUUCUUCCGCUGCCGCUUUCCGGCAUUCGAGUUGACGCAUCCAUUGUGUACUUUGCCGCAUCCAUUGUCUUUGGACUAUGGCAUUUUUCGCUUUUAGCAUCGAGCAAUCAGAGCGGACUUUCAUUCGUUCUGUCGACUUCGAUGACGGAUUGCCAGAUAUCCAUCACAACUGACAUGGUUUGCAGUUGUCUCAUCACGGUUUUUGCAAUCUAUCGAGACACAAUGAUAUCCGCGCAAGCGGGAUGGAUGGGACAAAACAAAAGGAGUGAAACUCAUUCCAAAGAUGAGGCAAUCUUUCGGGCUUCCUUGGCAGCACUUGGUGUGGCGUUGUUUUCUCCUGGUGCUGUGUUGGCGUUUCAUUUAGGCUCCCGAUGUGCGGAUGACAUACAUAUGACCCUAGUUGCCCGAGGGCAACAAUGGGUGGCCACUAAGCUACGUUCAGAGUCGUUAUCCCCAAAGGAAAACAAUAUGAUGCAGGGAUCAGGAGCACCUACAUGGUGCAACCUCGGACUUUGGACCGACCGCAAAGGAAAUCGAAUAUUUUUGUACGAUGAAGCCUGUGAAGAACUCGCAAUGUCCCUCGGAAAAGCUGCAUCUUUGGGAGAGAACGAUGGAGUACUCUGUUGUGGUUGUGGUUCGGGUGCAGAACUAGAUUUGUAUAAAGACCGCUUCAAAAUACAGCAUAUUACUGGUAUUGACCCCGACAUGGAUCGCAUGAUGGACUGGGAGAACAACAGGCUUUUGAAAGGUGGCGAUUACAAUGUUCGCAGAAUGAUGGCUAGUGUGGAAGAUUUGAGAUCUCGACCAUGCCAGCAGCUCCUUGGAUCCAAACUUUUCAACAAGAUUGUGGCAUUGGACAAUGUGUAUCACUACCGAUCAAAGUUCAACUUCUUCCAGGACUGCGAAGCUCUCCUUCCGCCUGGCGGAACCGUGGCUGUGAGCGACAUUAUCAUUCGUCCUGGCGCAGUUCCACAGUGGGUCAGAUUCAUGCUCCUUGCUUGUGGUUUGCAACGUCACAAUCUUUGGACAGAAAAGGAGUAUAUGAAGUACCUAUGUGACAUAGGAUUCACCGAUAUUUCUGUUCGAAGCACUGGGGGCAACGUAUUGACGGGAUGGGAAAUGUUCUUUCCAAAAGGGCUGCUGCAAUAUUUGGAUUACUCCAUAAUUGUUGCUUCUACCCCAAAAGCUGAUCCAAAAUCGGAACGGACGACAAAGAAAGUAGCUAUCGUUGGAUCAGGUCUUGCUGGCCUUGCCACGGCGCAUUCCCUUAUCAUGUCCACUGAGGAUAUUGCAGUUACCAUAUACGAAGCUUAUGAUCGGCCCGGUCUUGCUGGGAACAGCACCUGGUACGAAGGCCAUCUGGUCGAUAUUCCACCACGAAUGGCAUCGAAAGGAUACUACAAAGAAUACCGGAAACUCUUGAGACACCUGAAUAUCCCAACGCAAGUGGUCGAGGCCGACUGCACCUACUAUGGUACAGACACAAAGAGCGGAAAGAAAAAGACGUUUGCAUCGUAUGAUAUCUCAAAUACGCUCAACAAUCUUUCGUUUGCUCUGUUCGAAGGGGGCCUUUCGAACUUGUGGACAUUGGGGAGUGCAAUGUCAAGUAUUAAGCUCGAGGAAUGCAAUGAUGAUGACGACACAUCACCUGUACUGACCUUUGGGGAUUGGUUAAAGUCAACUUCUCUAUGCUGCGCGAGCACCCCCGAUUCCUUUGAGAUGUGCCAAAACAAUCCAUUCUUGUAUUUGGUCAUUGGUUCACUGGGGUGGAUGCUUUCUUGCACCUACCAACAGUUGAUGGACUAUCCUGCUGGCAUCAUUCUUCCCUACCUUCGUAGUUUAUACAUUCAAAGCAUGCAAACCACUGGAGACGGAUCGGUGGUCCGAGUCAACCCCUCUGUCAAAUUAAUGGAGCAAACAUUGUUAUAUGGUGUCAAGGAACUCAAGUGCGGCAAUCCAAUUUCUGGUUUGGAUGACAAAAAAACAAUCGAUGGUGUCCAAUACGAUGCCAUUGUUUGUGCCACUGAAGCCCGAGCCAUUUCCAAAGUUUUCAAGAAUGCCCCCAAAGCUUUCGCGGAGGUUAAAUACCAUCCCAGUAUUAUCUACUUACAUACCGAUGAGAGUUUCAUGCCUCCCGACAAAAAGGAUUGGCGCAAAUGGACCGUGGAAAUGAAGGAGGACCGUGACGAACCACAACUAUCCUUUUGGCUCAAUGAAGUCUACCCUGAUUCCAACUUUAGUGGCAAUGUCUUUCAGACUUGGGCCCCACUCCAUGACCCCAAACCCGACAGCAUUAUGAAAAAGGCUAGCUUUCAACGAGUAGUUCAUACCAAAGAGACACCCAGACUACUAAAGGAGAUUGAAGCAGCACAAGGAAAGCAAGGGAUUUACUAUGCGGGAUCGUAUACCGAAUAUGGCAUGGGAUUACUGGAACAGGCUCUGAUAUCAGGUCGGAAGGCUGCCCAACGGGUACUGGACGAAGUAGUUUCGGAAGAAAAAUCUAUGAAAGCCAAGUAG